CAGUUUUUCUUUCUUACUAGAAGAAAGAAAAGCAGGAGGGAGUCAAGUGAUCUGGGCUCUGACAGAAGAGAAACCUGGAAGCAUCACUAUGGGAUGAAGCCUUGAAAGUUUAAUCUGUCCAGCGGGGCGAUCCAACAUCAGAGACUGAAGGUUUGCUGCAUCCUUCCAGAGCCUUCCGCUUGACGCACCAGCCCACAACUUCAAACCGGGUGACCAGGUCCUGGUACAGAAGUGGAAAAAAGAUCCUCUUGCGGAAAAGUGAGAAGGACCCUGUCAGGUGUUGCUGACUACGCACACAGCUGUCCGCUUAUCAAACAGCGACAAGUGGACCCACUAUUCAAGAGUGAAGCCUUUUCAUCCGGAGGACACCAACUCCCAGGGUGUGGUCACUCCGGAAGCUGACAACACCCGGGAACAAGAAGCCGACAAUUGGACAAGUGAACCAGUAGGAGAUCUGAAGUUAUGUUUACACAAAUGUGGACUCUAAUCUAUUUCUUUGGACUCAUGCCCCUUUUAGGUAUAGCAAACCCAAAAGGAUAUCACCCAGACUGUUGCAAAUGUCCCUUUGACAUAAAGCUUAAGCCCCUAAAUAAGACUAGCUAUGAGGCUUCAAAGUCUACUAUAAUCAAUGCCUCUAUGCAUACCCUCUCCAAAUGCUGCUUGAGUCGAGAAAUUAUAAUAACGUAUGCACUCCGUGCUGGUCCAACACCGGUACGUAUAGAGCCAGAACCAGAACUCUGGUCAGCAAUCCUCAGAGAUUGGCCUUCAAAUCCUCCCUUCGAGGUUAAGCCCCAGGGAAUCUGCAUAGGAGAUUACCAUUACGCCAUGAAUAAAACUGUAAGACCUAAAGGUCCACCUGCAAACCCAUGGGUGGGAAAUGUAUGGGUGGCCCUUCUCAAGGAGUCAGCCCGUGCUCUAACUAACCACAGUUCUCUUUUGUGUGCACUUACUCCUGUUUCUAGUGAUGAGGGAGUCCCUUUCCUGCCUAUUCCCCUCAAUAGGACAGGCAUAAUCUCUGACUGGGGCUUUAAUCAUGAUUUUAAUCUCUCCUCACAAUUUAAUGGUUCUGGGAGACUCCUGGUAGCGAAGAUUAAAGGAUCUAUUUGUAUUUCCCAACAGGGAGGGGGAUUUAGGGUGGGACAGUCACGAUGCCAAGAGACAUGGAUAUCUAAGGAGGUUGCCCCUCGCCAAGGUGCUUGGACACAUGCAAACGCCUCAUAUGAUACGUUUGAAAGCCUCCCUUGUCUCCUGGGUGAGGAACAAAUUUUAGUUUGGGGCCACAAUUGCACUCAUUAUCAAAACGGUACGAAAAACUCUUUAAAAAGGGGUUCAUUGACCUUGGCUUUAAUGUUUUCCCAUUCUAGCAUCGUAAAUGAAACAUGUGGGCUGUGGUGGAUUUGAGGGCGAUGGGCAUAUAGGCAGCUGUUAUCUAGGGGCUUUGAUUCCUGGCGUUUGGCUAGUGCAGCCAACACCUCGUGAUACUCAAACCAUCCACCCUGGGCUUUAUUGUGCUAAGCGUGGUACUGAUACCUCCCUUGAAAGGAUAGCCGCAGGAGGGAGUCAACGGUGGGGCGAUAAUGAAUGGCCAGCCGAAAGAAUCAUUCGAUAUUAUGACCCGGCAACUUGGGAACCAGUUGUGGUUGGAAGGGAGCCCACCUAUCUGACUAACCGCAUUAUCAGACUCCAGGCCGUAGUAGAGAUAGUCACUAACAAGACUGCAGCAGCCCUCCACCUAAUUGGAAGUCAACUCACCCAGAUACGCACCACGGUGCUGCAGAAUCGUUUAGCUCUUGACUAUUUACUUGCCAGUGAAGGAGAGGUGUGUAAAAAGUUAAACCUGUCCAAUUGUUGUGUUGAAAUUGAUGAUAAUGGUGAAUUGAUAAAAGACCUAGUAAAUGAUAUGGAGAAGGUAGCACAUGUUCCAGUCCAGACAUGGAACGGAUGGAACCUUGACUGGUUCACAUCCUGGCUUCCCCAGACUGGCUGGAUAAAGGGAGUGUUGAUGGCCUUAUGCUUGUUAGUAUCAACCCUUUGCUUGCUUCCCUGUAUGCUACCAUGCAUCAUGACCCUUCUGAGAAGGACUGUUCGAUCAGUUGUUAACCGUGAAAUGUUUGUACACUAUCAGAAAUUGGCUAUCUCAGACACUUAUUAAAAAUUUAGAGUAAGAAAGCAUCUGAGGGGGGAGUUGUAGUAAAAAGACGUUAGCCCCCAUAAUUUUGCAGUAAUGCUUGAGCAACAACCAUAUGAUAGAAGUGUCUUAUGACCAUCUUAUGACCCUUUUGUGUAAAGAUCAGGAGGUCUAAUGUCCAAGCUGUGGUCUGUGGUUCUUACUGCUUGCCUUGCAUUUUGAAAUCAUCUCUGUCCAGUGCCUUAAGGUUACGUUAAGAUAGGAAGUUACUAAAGUUUAACUAACUUUGUUGAAAUUGCUCUUUUCUUCUGAGAAUGCUGCAAUUCUACCUUUGAGUGCGCACGUACUAACCCUGAUAAGUCACAUUAACCAAUAACUAGUUAAGUACAGCCUACAAGAUAAGACGUCACAAUUAGGAACUGGUACUGCAGUCAAUAAACUUCUAGUACGUCAAGACUCUGUUGAAUGUAAGCUAUAAAAAUGUAAUUCCAGGCCGGACUCAUCGUCGGCCCUGAUUUGAGCUCUCUGCUCCCCAGUCGAACUGUUUGCAAACAAUAAACCUAGAUAGACCCA